UGUGUGUCUUGCUCCGCUCAUGGCAGGUGCGCACCAGAAAUACCAAAGACAAAGUUUCUACGCAUCUUCGGAAGGUGAACAAGAAGCUCAAUUGACUUGUGACAUCUGAUGACAUCAGUCUUCGAUGGUCUAAUCCAGAUUGGCGAUCGUCAACACACCUGAAGAUGCACACGCCGCCCCUUUCAAAGAAGAAAACAUGCCCGUUCGAAAGCAAUUCUACCCGACACCGAGAUGGAUCAAAGUGAGAGAUAUGAGCAUGAGAAAGGCUUCCGCUUUCAAUACAGGAGAACGGAAGCCAGAUGGUCCUCGAGUAUUUUUUUCAUGCAUACCGAAGUAUUGAAAUCUCCCUAUUAUUGCAACAGCUGCUUUACCGCUAGCUACAGAAGGAAAGUGGCUGCACACGCACAUUGUUCCGUACUGUCUUUUCUACUGUUCAACCAUAUUGGCGCCCACUCCACGCAUGAAUGAGGCUUCGGCCUUUACCUGCCUCACUGUAAAUCCACUGAUUCUUACACUCCGAACAUGUACACAGAUAGAGGUACUUGUAUAGCAGGAUGAGUAAGGCUAUGCAUCUUCCUCAUCUUCAUCGUCCUCCCCACCCUCUUCCUCAGCAAACUGGUGUACGCGCAUACAUGAAGAGCUAACUGCAAGAAAAAGUGCUGUUGCGACGAAGAGACCCACAGCAGACACGAACACAUACAUGAGCCAUUGGGCGCUGAUUUCAUUGACUUCUGUGAUGUCGUAGUAGGCCAUGAUAAUGAAGGUGCACAUAGCGAGGCCGAUCAGCAUGGUUUGAAGCUCCAAGAAAGUCGAUAUAAUGCGACGACGUAGGCGCUUCCUCCUGGAGCUUGCUUGCUUUCUCUCCGUCGCCUUUUCAUCGGAAGGGAUAUCCUUGAUGACAUCCCAAACUCAUCACGGUUUUCCCUCAGGUAGGGGCCGAAUCCGCUUUUUCGCAAUGGCUCGUAGCCGCUUUCGACGAGGCCGAGAAGGGUCGUCUUCGUCUUCACUCUGGAGGACCUGAUGCCAAGGGAUCCCUUCUUCUCCCAAAGCUUGUCUACAGCUUGGCCCACUGUCCGAGCCAAUGGCAUGUUGAGGUGCUCUUUUGGCCAAUACAACUCGACAGCUCCCUCGGCUCGGCGGAACCGUAAUUGAAUCGUGGCCCGACCCAAGGGGGGAAACUCCAACGUCACUCAGAGCUGUCUGGCGGUUUCGCACACUGCGAGGUCACCGUACAAGCAGAGGUAUAGGUUACACGCUUCCGAAAGGCUGCGACGCAAGGACCACAAUCGCAACAGGCUUGAUUUCGCCAAUCUGUGAAGCUUCAAGGUCAUCGAGCCGGCUGGACACUUAGAGGGACAGCUGUCCACUCAAGUCUCGGUAGCUAUCCAGCCUCGGGAGUCUCACCCACAAAUAGAUACACGCGACACACACCUGUGCAUGCACGUUUGGACUUGGAGUGUGUGUGUAUAUGAUGAAUGUCUAUGUACGUACCCCUGCACCUGCACGUGUCGACUUGGAGUGUGUGUAUUUGAUGAAUGUCUGUGUGCGCACACCUGCGCAUGCACAUUUGGACUUGGGGAAUGUGUAUAUGAUGAAUGUGUAUAUAAUGAAUGCCGCUGUGCGCACACCUGCGCAUGCACGUUUGGACUUGGAGUGUGUGUAUAUGAUGAAUUGUAUAUGAUGAAUGCCGCUAUGCGCACACCUGCGCAUGCACAUUUGGACUUGGGGAGUGUGUAUAUGAUGAAUGUGUAUAUAAUGAAUGUCUGUGUGCGCACACCUGCGCAUGCACGCGUCGACUUCGAGUGGAUGGAUGUCGAUUUCGAGUGGAUGUAUCUUUAUGAUGAAUGUCUGUAUGCGCACACCGGCUUAUGCACGCGUCGAGUUGGAAUGUGUCUAUAUGAUGGUGAAUCUGUGUGCGCACACCUGCGCAUGCAUGUUUGGACUUGGGGUGUGUGUAUAUGAUGAAUGCCGCUAUGCGCACACCUGCGCAUGCACGUUUGGACUUGGUGUGUGUGUAUAUGAUGAAUGUCUCUGUGCGCGCACAGUUGCGCAUGCACGUUUGGACUUGGAGUGUGUGUAUAUGAUGAAUGUCUAUGUACGUACCCCUGCGCCUGCACGUGUCGACUUGGUGUGUGUGUAUAUGAUGGUGAAUCUCUAUGCGCAUACAUGCGCAUGCACGUUUGGACUUGGAGUGGGUGUAUACAAUGGAUGUCUGUGUGCGCGCACACCUGCGCAUGCACGUUUGGACUUGGAGUGUGUGUGUAUAUGAUGAAUGUCUCUGUACGUACCCCUGCACCUGCACGUGUCGACUUGGAGUGUGUGUAUAUGGUGAAUGUCUGUGUGUGCACACCUGCGCAUGCACGACCAUUGGAGCCAGCUUCUGUCCGUCGAGCUGAUGACACACACAUUCAGAACCUAGAUCCAGCCAGCCACCUCACAGCCCCGGAGCGGGACUGGUGUGUGGCCUGUAUGGCCCGCGGCUGACGAAGUCCUCCGGAACCGCGCUGGCCCUCCGUGGCCCUCUGGCGGCCGCCGCGCGCUGCGCACGACUCGCCACUUGAAACGCGUUGUGCUUCAUCAGCUCGACGGACAGAAGCUGGCUCCAAUGGUUGACGAUGCUCUCUCGGAAUGCUGUGUCCUCCUCCAUGGGAAUGGAUGUGGGGCGAGGCUUUCGUUUGGCGAGCAUCUUGAGAAAAUCCAUGGUCUUGUCUCCCCAUCUGCCGAAUGUCUCCGCAGCGAGAGGCACGAAGCGGAAGCCCGCUGCUUGGGUGAUUGGUCCAUACUUGUCGAUCUUGUCUUUCUCCGCAAGCUGAGCCGCCUUGCCACCCGGAAGCUGUGCGCCACGCCGCUUGACUAUCCGGUGGAAGGGAACGGGGGAGUUGUCAGGGCGGCAGGGGUGGGCGACGGUGACGUCGAGCAAGUAAUCGCUGGCGGUUAGGGUUGUCGUCAGGCGGGGUGAUGCCGAGGCUGUGCAGAGACACCUCCACAUUGGAGGGAACAUCUGCCUCAGCCAGGAUGCGAACAAACAAGUUGCGCAUGUUGUUGUGUCUCGUGACCCGCUCACGGCCGGUAUGACACACGUAGAAGUGAUCGCCAAACUUGUCAACCUCCCCGCCGCAGAUGCAUGGCUGCGAGACGGUUGCGUGCGGGAGGGCAAUGCCGAGACACCCGGCGACGGCGUGGCGAUACUGGAAGUUGUUCAGUGUCUUGCUAUCGCUGGAAGGGAUUGC